AUGUGGAAAUUCCUUAUACCGUUAAUAACAGUCUCCAGUCUCACAACCCCAUCCAUCGCCGUGUUGCCAAAUGUCGUUAACCUUGAGAUCGCUUCUGUAAUCAGGACCGCCAUUGCCAGAGUGAACAAAGAAAAUGCUGUGAUGGAAUCGAGGCAUUUCACAGGUAUCGAUAAAGAUGUGACGGAUUUCCAGACAGCCGAGCCGAUUCUUUUUUCCGAGAGUCCAUUAGACGUUCACGAGAUCGAGCAGGAAAGCCGGGCAAUCAACUGGAUAGCCAGCGAAAUAAAUUCCAGAGGUUUGCCAUUCACCCCGGUUGAAGUUAUCCGGCACCCAGAUGCCGUGGCUUUGAACAUCAGCUGUCCUUUCAAGACACCUUUAAACUGCUCCGUCUCCAAGUACCGAACGAUUGACGGGUCUUGUAACAACCUAAAUAACCCACUCCUGGGGAUGGGCUUCACACCCUUCCCCAGAGAGUUACCUGCGGAUUAUGAACAAGGUCCCGCCGGUUUACGAGAGUUGCCGAGGACCACGUCACGUGAUGGUUCACAGCUACCCGGCGCACGUGAGAUUAGCAUGCGGUUUCAUCAUCUGAAUAAGACAGCACGUUACGAUUCUCACCUGACCUUCAUGUUUGCAAUUUGGGGUCAGUUCAUCGCCCACGACGUUACAGACCGCGCACCUGGGAAAGGGGACGACCGCGUGACUGUCUAUGCCGGUUUGACAGGGAUGGAGACGCUCUGGUUUCGGGAGCACAAUCGUUUAGCCCGUCUUCUCGCUGAGGAAAAUCCUAAAUGGGACGACGAGACGUUGUACCAGGAGGCUCGGAGGCUAGUCAUAGCCCUGAUCCAACACGUGACAUACAGCGAGUGGCUCCCUCUAUCGCUAGGCUCCGAUGUUAUGAACCAGUAUCAGCUCCACCUAUCGGACGAAGGCUACUUCACCGGGUAUGACCCUUCCGUCGAUCCGUCCACAACUAACGAAGUGGCCACGGCUGCUUUUCGUUUCGGACACUCGCUCAUGCGAUCAAACUUUAACCUGGUUGACAAACUCUACCAGCCAGCGGACGGACCGCCACUUCGGUUGGAGGAUAUGUUCUUCAAGUCCAACAUCUAUCUGAUGCAUGAACAACAGUUUAUGCGGGGAACACUUGUUGAUGCCAGUAAGGAUGUGAGUCGUAUUGUGACGAACGCUCUUGUCAACAACCUCUACCAGACCAGAUACGGAAACGGAUUCGAUCUGCCCGCAUUCAACAUUCAGCGGGGAAGAGACCAUGGGCUGUCACCUUACAAUGAUUUUAGAGAUUUAUUCGGACUGACCGUGGCAUCAGAAUUCUCCACGAAUUCGUCUAGUGGUUUUUCAGAUAUGUCUCCACACACGGUGGAAAUACUACAGCAAAUUUACUCUGAUCCAGAUGACGUGGACGUUUGGACAGGUGGCGUAUCGGAGCGCCCUCUACCUGGUGCGGCAGUUGGUCCUCUUUUCGCCAAUAUGCUGGGAUGGCAGUUUUUUAAAUAUCGAUAUGGAGACAGGUUUUGGUAUGAGACGAAUGCCACACCACAGGCCUUCACUUUAGAACAACUCUCUGAAAUCAGGAACGCCACGCUCGCACAUUUACUCUGCCGGAAUCUGGAGCUGGACACUAUCCAACCCCGUGUGUUCGAGAAACACACAGCCCCUGGGGAACUAACCGUGAAGGCGAAUUGGUGGAAGAAGCUCUGGAAGAGUCUGAAAAUGGUGAAAACGAAUCGUCAAUACACGCUUCGGAAAGCGAAGAAAUUGAGGUGAUUGGAGAAAACGAAGAACAGCAAUAACGGACACAUCUUGCAGCUAUAUAUGUACAUGUACGUAAUGAGA